AUUUGAAAGAAGCCAGGACACUGACAUGCCCCUUGACUGGGGCACCUGGAAAUUUUCUGAGGAGAUCUUUAGGAGAAAUAUUUGUGACCUAGAAAGCACAUGCGAAUCUAUUGUUGAAGGCUCCAUUGAGUGCUUAAGUUUUCAAAAGUUUCCCCUCAUUUUACACCCCGACAAUGCAUCAAGUUUUCAGGAUAAUGUUUUUUCAGAAUGUGUUAUUCAAGACGAUUGUAUUUAUGAAACAUUUCCAACUGAUGAUGAAACAGAGGAUAGUGAGAUAAAUAAAGUUGAUUCCUUCAAUGGACCUACUAGUGUGGUAAGAAAGCCAAACACUAGGAAGGGAAGUAGCUCACUUGAGGACAGUUCAAAUAUUCGGGCAUGUGGUUUGCUCCCACAAGGUUUGAGAAUGAAGUCAUACUAUUUUGGUUGUGGUAAUCAACCAAGGAAUAGCUUAUGGACUUACAGUUACAAGCCAAAAACUGCCAUGGAGGUCUGUGUUAAUGAUGAAUCUGUGAAGUUUUUGAGUGGGUGGCUACAACAAUGGCGUGAAAGAAAGUUUCAAAUAUUCAAGGAUCAUAUUGAUUGUGAUACAAGUGAUAGGGAAAAAGAUGAUUAUAUCUAUUCUGAAAGUGACUCUGAUUCAGGAAGCCAAUAUGAGGAGGAUAGGCUGAAAAACGUCCUCUUAGUUACAGGACCAGUUGGGUCUAAGUCCAAGCAUGAGAAACAUCUGAGGUUGGUUCUACAGAGACUGAGGGAACACUAA